AUGAUUCAUAUAACAAUUCCAACAACAAGAAUUUGUUCAGAAUAUAACAAUCCAAAGAAAAAAUUUCAUUCUUUUGAUUUUUAUAUUAAUGGUGCUUUUCAUGCUUCUAUAAGGUAUUCACAUUUAAAUGAUUUACAUGAAAAAUUAAUUGAAAAUUUUGGUUUUCGUCUCAAAACAACUUUUCCUCCAAAAAAAUUAAGACAUUUCUUGAAUCCAAAAGAAUUAAAUGAGAGGCGUUGUGAUUUGACAAAUUAUUUUCAAGAACUUAUACAAAAUCCAGAUAUUUGUAAACAUUAUAUUUUAGAAAAAAAUUUUCUUGAUUUUCAAGUUAAUUCUUUUAAUCCUGUAACUGUUAAUAUUGCCAUAGAUGUAUAUAAUUCUUUUGGAGAUAAAGUAACAAUAAAAUGUAAUAUUAGAGAGGGAGCCAAUACUGUCCUUAAGUAUGUUGUGGAGAAAUUUAAAAUUGACCUUACUUUGAUAAAUCAUUUUGCGUUAUUUCUCGGUCAUGAAAGAUACAAGAUUGAGGAUAGGACAAAUCCUAAUGAUAUUUUAAUUAGGCGAUGGUUAAAAAAUUAUGAAAGUCCAUAUGUUUCAUUACAAUUACUAAAUCAAAAAACUGCAAAAGAAGGUAUUUUUUAUAAAAUUUUUAUUAGAAAAGUUAUUUGGGAUCCAAGUAUUGAGGAACAAAUUAUGUUUGAUUCGGGUGCUUUAAAUAUAAUGUAUUUACAAGCUGUAACAGAGUUUAAAAAUAAACAUAUGCCUACAAAUAAAUUGAUUGAGGAUAGACUUCAUGAACUCAUUAAAGAAGAAUCAAAAGUACAAUUCUUAAGGUUAUGUCAUCUUCAAAGUACAUAUGGUUAUGAGUAUCUUAAAAAUGUGAAAUGUGAUUAUCCUAAACCUAACACAGAAUGUGAAUUAAAAAUGGGAAGAAGAGAAAUUGUUUUGACAUGGAGGAAUGAUAAUAUUGGUGAGGAGUCAGUAACAUUUAGAACAACACGAAUAAGAAUAUGGCGAAUAGUACACAACUUUACAGUUGAUAAUAUUCACAUUUAUUCUUUUAAUUUUGAAUAUUUAUUAUCACCAGGUGAAUUUAGAUGGAUUUCAAUUGAGACAGAUCAAACAAUAUUAAUAAGUUGUCUUCUUCAAUCCAUGAGUAUUGAAAUUUUACAAGAAUCAAAAAAUAUGGGUAUUCUUAUUAAUAGUGAUAAUCUUUGCAAAAAGACAGCAAAUAAUCUUGAAAAAAUCAAAGAACAAAGUAUAGGUAAUCAACUUGAGGAAAAUAACGAACACUAUGAAACAUUUGAGGAUAUAUUUGAUAAUAUUAAUGAUGGGAUCCCUUUACAAAAUCGGAAUGUAACAUCAAAACAUGAAUAG